CAUGAUGAAACAACAUGCUGCCCCAUGUUGUGUGAUACUUAUGUUAUUUAAGUAAAAAGAGUCAUAUUUGAAAAGUGUUUUUCUGUUGUUCUUCAUCCCGACAUCUUCGGUUCAAGCCUCAGUUCGUCGAAGACUUCGUCAAGAUGCCUGCCCAGUGUAGCAGUUGCACUGAGAAACGUGCUGUGCUGAAGCGUCCAAAAACCGGCCACUCACUGUGUAAGGAGUGCUUCUUCUGGGCCUUUGAAGAGGAAGUGCAUCAGACCAUCGUGGCUGCAGAGCUGUUCAAAUCUGGGGAGACAGUAGGAAUCGCUGCCUCAGGAGGAAAAGACUCCACUGUGCUCGCACAUGUAAUGAAGCUCCUAAAUGAGCGAUACAGCUAUGGCCUGGAACUUAUGCUUAUCUCAGUGGAUGAAGGAAUCACCGGUUACCGAGAUGACUCCUUGGAGACCGUGAAGAGGAAUCAGCAACAGUACGAGCUGCCACUAAAGAUUGUGUCCUAUGAGGAGCUGUAUGGCUGGACUAUGGAUGCUAUAGUGAAGCAGGUGGGACUGAAAAACAACUGCACCUUCUGUGGAGUGUUCAGAAGACAGGCAUUAGACAGAGGAGCUGUUAUGCUGAAAGUGGACAAGAUAUGCACCGGUCAUAAUGCUGACGAUGUGGCAGAAACCGUUCUGAUGAACGUCCUGCGAGGGGACAUAGCUCGACUGCGCCGCUGUACUGCGAUCUCCACAUCCAGUGAGGGCGAAGGGGUCGUGCCGCGCUGCAAGCCCCUCAAAUAUGCUUAUGAAAAAGAGAUUGUUCUGUAUGCUUACUUCAAGAAGUUAGACUACUUCUCAACUGAAUGUAUCUACUCUCCCAAUGCUUAUCGUGGCUACGCAAGAACCUUUUUGAAGGACCUAGAGAGCAUAAGGCCCAGUACCAUAAUGGAUAUCAUCCACUCUGGAGAGAACUUGUCUGUGCGAGAGGGGGUGAAGAUGCCCGUCCAGGGAACCUGCAGCCGCUGUGGCUACAUCUCCAGUCAGGCGCUGUGCAAGUCAUGUGUGCUGCUGGAGGGGCUGAACCGAGGUCUGCCGAAGCUGGGUAUUGGCAAACACCACCGCUUGCAUGAUAAAAUCCUCUCCCAGCAGCCCCUAACUGAGAAGGAGGAGAGGAAGCUGAAGUCCGUUGACUUUUGACCAUCAGCAUAACCUGUUUUAUUUACCAGAAGAUAUAAGAAAUUUUUAGAAUAAACUACAUUUGAUAUGGGAAAAGACUAUGCAAAGAAAUCCAAUCUCUUGUUUUUGUUUAUGAUUCGCUGAAUAUUUAUUGAACUUUUCUAUGAACUUUUGAUUUUGGUAAACCAGAGAAAAACUUACAACAGUGAAGCAUCUUCACAGCAUAGAAAGUCCAGUCAUUGGUGUUUUAAAGCCACUAAACUGGAUGAUUGUUUCCAGUCAUGUAAAAAAAGUGCCUUUUGUUGUUGGGUACUUCUAAAUAAUUGCACAUGUAUCCAGCUGUUUUUACUGUAAUUGGCCACAUGUAUAUGGAAGUGUGUGAGAAAGAUUCUUGUUUUAAAUCUUUUUUAAUUUCUGCAUUUCUUAUUAAACCAAUCUUUGGGGAGGAUAUGAUGACAUGAUGUUAUAGACCUAUUCCAAGAUGUUCUAUGAAUGAUAAUUUAAUAAACACAUUGACCUUUAUUUU